UAGAUAUAAAUACUACAUUGUUUUUAAUUUACAACAGAAUCCAUGUUGAAGUGUUAGAGAAAAAUUAGGGGUACUAUCUAAAUAUUGGGGCACUAAUUGUAUUCAGGCUCAACCGGAAGUUGAAGUCAGGGCACGCCUAUGACAAUAGUCCGUGGUAUUUUCUGAAACGUGAAUCCGUAAUCAUCGGGUCGUGUUCCCAUGCUGAAUCAUCAUAACCGUACACCAAGCAGUACCAUUGAUCAAGGAAUAGAACUAUAUAAUGUGAUCCAUUGGCAAACGUUUUAGAAUAAGGUCUAUUGCACGGACCUCACUACAAAUCAAUCCUGGAUCAGUCGACAAUUAUAGUCUUGGUAGCGCUCGGGAUGAUAAUAUAACGUCAACUACAGCGGCCAUCAGAUAAACGAUCAAAAGCUGUUUUAAAAUUAAACAUGUAUUCGCCGAAACAAGAGCCAAUCAUAUAAAUUCCAAUUCAUGUAUUCGAAGAAUUCAAUGGAAAUUCAUACAGGGUUAGCCGACUGGUUGACCAGCAGUCUCGUUGCUAUUCUUGUUUACAGUCUUAUCAUAAAACGAUCUUAUCGCACAGCUGCAGUAAUGAUAACGCGCGCGUUGGUUUCCUAUUGGACGCAGGUGCCCGCGUCUUCAUUAUUGUUACUCGUUACAGCGUUCGAAAUCGUAGGUGAACGAAAUUGUUUUUUUUUUAAGUAUAAUUUACUAUCUGUUCUGUUCGAAAUCUCGACACCGAGUGGCCUAAUCGAACUCUGUGCAUCCACGCGUCCGAUUCUACUUUUCUUUUUGCUUCACAAGUCACACGUCGCCAUGAGCAAAACAGACGAUGUGUGCCGGUCUGUUCUGACCGAGAUCGAAGAAAGUUUAGCGCAAAUCAAAUUAAUGCCUCUAAUUCCAUUUCCUGUUUACGAAAAUACAAACAAAGCUGCUGCUUAUAUUAGCUAUCGUUUGAAACGUUACGAAUCUGUGGCCUACUAUCUAUCUGAGGCACAUGGUGGAGGAAUUCGGUCGAAACUAACGUUAACGGUGAAUCCUGAUGCCUCCUGCGAAAAAGAACUUGAUGAUUGUUUAUCAUUAGACUCUGAGUAUGUUUCCAAAGGAUACCUUGGUCUUAUUGAGCGUUUAAAAAAAAUGCCAUCUGAAUGGACAUUAAUACAAAUUUCUAGAAGUUAUAACCCUAAAGAAAUAGUUACUCCUAGACCUACAGAUAAACCUACCGAAAUUUCUGAACUUUUCAUCACUAGAUACCAAUGUGGUGAAAAAUAUAAAAAUAUUGUACCUCUGACUAUAAAAGUAAAUAAACCAAAAUCUUGCUCGGGACAGAAGACUAUCUUUGAAGUACUAAAAAAAAAUUUAGAAGAUACAAAUGACCGAGAAAAUAAGAAUCAAGCUACUCUUCGUUCUUUAAGAGAUUCGGCGUCUCAGUCAAUUGAAGUAAUUUCUCAAGAAAUUCAUUCUGGUUGGCUGAAACACUGGAUUUGUAUGUUAUUAGGAAACUUUGUAGAUGAAAACUUAUGGUCUAGUGUCUAUGAUGUUAUCGAUACUGUCAUAGAACAAAAUAACAUAACUAUAAGUACCCGAGAUAGAAUGAUUUUGUAUCAAAUAACUAAUGCUGCUGUUCAACUGAGUGAAGUUGAUAUACAUAAUCUCAUUUGUGAAGUAAACUGUUUGACUGAAGAAAAGAACCAAUUUGAACUUGCUAUUAAUAACUAUAGAUUCAAUAAUUCAAAUUUAAUUUUAAAAAAAAGACAUCCUAUUUUACUUGUAUUGGAUGAGCACUUAGAAUGUCUACCAUGGGAAACAAUACCAUGUUUGAAAAGGCAUCCAGUUUCUCGUAUAUCAUCUAUACACAUAGCACAUAGACUAUACACCAAACACAAAAAUUCUAUUCAAAAUGGUUUAAUGAAAAUUAAAAACCAAGGGUAUUAUGUAUUAAAUCCAGAUAAAACAUUAUCAAAUGCGGAAAAAAGAAUGUCAAACUUCUUAAAAGAAAGAGAUGUUUGUUGGAAAGGUAUACUAAGUAAAGAGCCUACUUCAGAACAGUUCAGUUCAUUAUUAAAACAAAAUGAUAUUUUAUUGUAUUGUGGCCAUGGUAAUGGAACACAGUAUUUGCACAGUUUGGAAUUAGAUAAGUUAGAUCUCCAUUGUAUACCAAUGUUAUUUGGAUGUUCAAGUGCUAAACACACUGAUAGAGGAGGAAGAGCUAAUUUUGUGGGUGCUUCUUAUGGAUAUUUGAAAGCUGGCUGCCCUAGUGUCAUUGGCAUGUUGUGGAAUGUAACAAGUUUAGAUGCUGACAAUUUAGCUAGAGCUAUGCUCAAUGUUUGGUUACCUGGAAAUCCAAUUGAUCUUCAAAAAUUAUGGCCUAAAGAAUUUUUGGAUCAUGUCGAUUAUCAUAAGGAAAGAGAACUUUUGCGUACAUUAGCAAUUGCCAGAAAAACCACCAGAAGCUUUUUUAACUAUGCUGCUUUAAUUGCUCGAGGUAUACCAGUUAUUAUGACUGAAGAGUGAUACUGAACCAAAUUAUUAUUAAUUCAUAAUUAUUGAAAUGUAUAAUUUUGUUAGAAUUUGUUUAUACUUUUU